AUGGUGAAUUGUGCAUGUGGCUUUCCUUGUACGAAACGACAUUCCUGGACUCAUGAAAAUCCGGGAAGAAGGUUCGAGGCUUGCAAAAAGUACAACCACGACACUGGAGAACGAGGUUGCAACACGUUCAAAUGGCUGGAUGAGGAGCAGACGGAGUGGCAGCGUGAAAUGAUUAAUGUUCUACUAGCUGAGAGGCAUAGGUUGGAAACCAAGUUGACUAUUGUCAAGGCUAGGCUUGCUUGCCUAGAAGAUCAUAACAAUCUUCAAAGGGGAAUGCAAAGAGGCUUUGUACCAGAAAUGGAAAAGGGGGGUUUAAGCAAGUUGGCAUAUGUGUUGUUGUUUCUGUGA